CUGGCUACCGCGGCGGCUUGGCCGCGGGAGUUCUGGGCCAGCCAGUUGGGACCCUGCCUGAUUGGGGAGGCUCAGGCAGCCUACCAAGCCAUGAGCGACCAUCACGCCACCGAUUAUGACCUGGUCAAGCAGGCUAUCCUCCGCCGGCUGAACAUCACCACGGAGACCCACCGGGCGCGGUUUAGGGAGUACCGGAGAGCCCCGGAGACACGCCCCAGGGUGGUUGCAGAGCGGUUGUGCGACCACAUGGUGCAUUGGCUGACCCCCGGGAAGAAGACCGCCCAGCAGAUGGGGGAAGCCAUUGUGGUAGAGCAAUUCUGCCAUGUGGUCGGCACCGAAACCCAGGCGUGGAUACGGCGCCACAACCCCGACACCCUGGAGGAGGCGGUCAAACUGGCCGAAGACUUCGAGGACUCCCUGACCUCUGCCCGGAUCGGGAUCCUGUCGGCCCCUGCCCUUCGGAGCAGCCGACCUCUCCCUCCCUCUCCUCCAACACCACCACCACCACCCCCCACGUUCCAGGGACCCAGACCUCCCAGAGCACCGACCCCAUUGGGCCCCCUUGCCUCCCCCCCAUGGAGACCAAGGUUGGCCCCCAGCUGGGGUAGAGGUGCUGCCCCUGCCCCGUUGCCAUACCAGCAGCGGGACAGAUUUCUGACCUAUGCCCCCUCUGUCCCUCCUAUCUGUUUUAGGUGCCACCAGCCGGGACAUCUGGCCAGGUCAUGCCCCGCUGCCAUGGAGUGUGACGUGGCCGCGUGCAAUUGGGCACCUGAAACUGACAGCUAAAGCACAUCCGGAGCUGUCGCCGUGGGCCAGCACAAACCGGAUCACCACCUCACAACUGUCACC